CACGGUGACGGCUAUAAUCACACAACCCCCGCGCACCGUCCCGUGACUGCCGCUACCGAAAGCUGAACAAGGCGGGCGGGGAAACGACCACCGGUGAGCCGCUGCCGCCGCUGCUGCUGCUGCCCCGGGGAGCAGGAGGGAAGCAUCAAUGCCUCCAGGUUCCCUCUCGCAUAUCGGCCUGGACCUGCUCUCGACAUCGGGCCUCCUGCGCUGAGAUAAUGAAAGGAUGGCCGCGCAGCGACGCGGGGACCACGGAGGGCUGACGGAUGCUGCUGCAGCGACUCACCGGGAUGAGCAGCAGCAUCACAACGCGAUGAAUUCACCGGAGGAAGCGGGAGCGGAGUGUCUCUCUUUGGAGGAGAUACUGAGGCUGUACAGCCAGCCCAUCAACGAGGAGCAGGCUUGGGCGGUGUGUUACCAGUGCUGCAGGACGCUGGCGCGGAGACACCGGAGCUGGAGGGGCUCCUCCGCCGCCGCAGCAUCAUCCGCGGCGCCGAUGAGGAUCUCCGGACCGGGGGACGUUAGGAUACAGAAAGACGGGUCCGUGAGGGUCGAACACCAGGGCUGUGAAGGUAAAUACAGCCCUUGCACAACAACAGAGGUGAUUGAGUCUCUGGGCAUCAUGAUCUACAAGGCUCUGGACUACGGGCUCAAGGAGAAUGAGGAGAGGGAGCUUAGUCCUCCUCUGGAGGAGCUCAUUGACCUUAUGACCAACAUGGCCGAGGCUGAGAAAGACGCCUGCCCCGAUGAAGGCUAUGAGGCCACAGAGGAAGAGGAAGAGGCAGAGGACGACCCUGACAACAUCUCCAGUGUUCACGGCUAUAGAGAUAUCUUCAAGCUGUGCACAGCUCAUCUACCCAGUCUAUCAGACGCCCCCAGUCACUACCAGGCAGUGUGCCGGGCUCUGUACACAGAAACCAGGGAGCUACGUACUUUCCUGGAGAAGAUAAGGAGUGCCAAAGAGAACCUGCGUAAGAUGGAGGAGGAGUCAUCGGAGGAGCCUGGCCGAGACCUGAAUGAGCUCCAGAACGCUGACUGGGCAGUGAUUAAAGAACUUCUCAGGAACCGUGUUGAGGUGGAUAGAACCGCUCCCCUUGAUGAACCCUCCUUAUUCUGUGUGCACAGAGAGGCUCGAUUCUGGGUUCAGGUGAUGAGGGACCUCCGUGAAGGAGUCAAGCUGAAGAAGGUGCAGGAGCGUCAGUACAACCCUCUGCCCAUCGAGUACCAGCUCACGCCCUAUGAGAUGCUCAUGGACGACAUCCGGUCCAAACGCUACAAACUGCGCAAAGUCAUGGUAAAUGGAGACAUCCCACCCAGGUUAAAGAAGAGCGCUCAUGAAGUCAUCCUGGAAUUCAUCAGGUCCAGACCACCUCUCAACCCUGUGUCGGCUCGUAAGCUGAAGCCUCAGACUCAGGCUCCUCCAACGCUGCAUGAGCGGAUCCUGGAGGAAAUCAAAGCAGAGAGGAAACUACGACCGGUGUCGCCCGGCGAGGUCCGCAGGGGAAGGCUGGGUUUUGGCAAAACUCGCAGUAUGCCACAGGAUUUGUUCCGUAUUGGACUAGAUGACUUUAGUCCAUACAUGGGCAGGAGGGUGUCCAGCUCUCUGUCUCUGACCAACGGAUCAGAAUCUCCCAGAGUAGAACCCUCCGGAUCUCAGUCUGCACCUCAGAGGAAGAGGCUCCUGAAGGCCCCCAGCCUCGCCGAGCUGGACAGCUCUGACUCUGACGAUGAGGUUUUUGGGCGCAGAUCGGCCAGCAGCUCCAGUGUGGCUACGUCUUUGAUGGAUGAUACAUCUCCAGAGUCUGUGCUGGGGAAGAAAACUCCACCCAUGUUCCUGCCCAUUUCCUCUACACCCCAGCCAGAGAGACGUCAGACCCCCCAGAGGAGACACUCCAUCGAGAAGGAAACCCCAACCAACGUCCGACAGUUUCAGCCGCCCAGCAAACAGAGCUCCAAGUCCCUGGAGGAGUUCUGUUUCCCUGUGGAGUGUCUGUCUCUGACUGUGGAGGAGGUGAUGCACAUCAGACAGGUGCUGGUUAAGGCGGAGCUGGAGAAGUUCCAGCAGUACAAAGACGUCUACAACGCGAUGAAGAAGGGAAAGCUUUGCUUCUGUUGUCGAACCAAAAGGUUUUCCUUUUUCACCUGGUCCUACAUCUGCCAGUUUUGCAAAAAGCCUGUGUGUUCACAGUGCUGCAAAAAGAUGCGGCUGCCGUCCAAACCUUAUUCCAGCUUGCCCAUCUACUCCAUCGGCUCGACCAACACUCUCCCCAGGGACAGGAUCGGUGCCAUGGCCGCUGUAGGACAAGGACUCUCGGUGGCCGGAGGACCGGGUCCGUCGGCAGUUGGAAAGGCCACGACGUCCCCCACUUUGAAAGGAGCUCCAGCAGGAUCAUCUAAAGGAGCUGGAAAAACCUCUGGAGCAGCAGCUGCUGCUGCUAAAUCUGAGAAAUCCUCCAGUAGCCCACAGCGCCACAGCAUUCAGAAGACCAUGUCCAAGUUUUCCAAGCACGGCUCCUUAAAGUCUCACGAAGAACUGGAGCUUCCCCCGGAGCUGACGGAGGACUGGGCCACCAUGGAGGUGUGUGUGGACUGCAAGAAGUUCAUCACUGACAUUAUCGCCUCCAGCAAGCACAGCCUGUCACUGGCCACCAAGAGAGCUCGCCUAAAACGCAAGACCCAGUCCUUCUACCUGUCCUCCCCUAAAGGAAGGGAGGAGUACCGGCCCUCUGAACGAACAAUCAAAGAGAUCUAAAACUCUCUAUCUCUCCCUCUGGCUGCUUCCAGCUCCAAUGGCACAAUUAUUAAGACUCAACACUGGAUAUGAUCUGACUGUGUGUGUGUACUUCAGACAGUUCAAGCUGUCAGAGUGGCUGACAUGAACCUCAGUGGUGGACAGUGUGUUUUUGUUGCUGUGUGCUGAUCAUUGUGUACAGCUCCUUCAGACGACAGCAUAUUGUAGAUCUGCCAGUCUUUUUUUUUUACCAUAUCAUAGAUGAUCCUUUAAUCUCUGGCCACAGUGUUUGAGUAAAGAUACAAGAAGUGUUGUUAUGGCAAAUGGCGAUGCCUCAAGGUGGAACGACUUCCCUCCCCUCUGAUGGCACGGCAGCGUGGUCCGACCCAACCUACCCUCAGAUCAAUAAGCACAAGAAGGACUGAUGUGUGUUUGACUUCCUCAGGCGCCGGCACUGCAGAAGACACGAGGCCUGUGGAGAGAUCGUGUUGUAAACUGAGAGUGACACUCAAGAAAAUUGAAUAUCAAACUGUACAUUUUGUAUUGGUUUUAAUUUAGUUUUUUACACGUGUGUACAAUAAUGAUUGUUCGAUGACACGCCGCCCUCUGGUUUUAAUUUGUUUGUUUAAUAAGUUUUAUUUCGCUCACGAUGCUCAAUGGGACUCUCCUCCACUUUCAUCUUCACUAAGUAACUAACUACUUGAAAGUGUGCUUCUGUUUUUCUUGAGGGAGCAGAGGAAAAGUCUUUGUGUUCUCAUGUCUGUUUUGCAUCACAUUUAGGAAACAUCAUCUGCUUUUUUGCAGAUUUAGUGCCAAAUAAUAACUUCAUUCUAAUCUGUAUGUCACCCAAGAAAAGUCAUUUCCCCUGAUGUACGCCUGCAGCGUUUUUGGAACAAAACGCUGUAACAAAUUGGGCCGAGCCUGCUUCUUAAAACGCGCUUUCAAAUCUCUCUAUAACAUGAAAUAAUCAAGACUAAAUCAGCAUGGAGAGUUUGACACUCAGACAGUCUGCAUCAUCAGGACUGUGUCUGUAUGUUUUGAUCAGAUUUGAUGCACUGUGCUGGAUUUUAGUCCUGCACUUCAUAAAGUGAGGGGACAUGUGAGAGACAGAAAAAGAACAGUCUCAUUGAAGGUGCAGAUAUUUUGUGUCCGAUAUAGGUCAAGCUCAAAGAGAGCCUACAUCUCCCAUGAUGGCAACUUCAAACCAGUGAGCACAGCACAGGGAAGAGAAAACAUUCUUAAAAAAACUCUUUUUUUGGCCUUUCAGCACAUUUCUUCACACUGUGUGUUCAUUUGCAACCAUUUUUGACUUGGAUCAGUCAGAUGUGCACAGAAGCAGGUGUAGAAACAUAAUUACCUGCAGCAUCAUGUGUGGGAAUUUUCAGACUUGCCUUUUGAUAAUUUACAGGAAAUAUCUGCAUAUUUUUACAUUUUGAAAUACCUUUAAAUGUAGUAAUGUAUAAAUAUAGUGUAUGAACUCCUCAGCAUUUCUUUACAUUAAGUUCUUGACUUGUAUUUAUAUUGAAGUCACAAUAAAACAUCUCCUGUUCAUGUUUUUGUACAGAUAUACACUUUAUGAAGCCCAGCUGCCAUUCUGUAAGUCUUAAUAUGACACAUUUCCCUCCAUCAUUCAGAGUCUCAUUGGCAGGAAGAUGCACCUGAUUUGUGGCCUGUCUUAUUUGAUUCUUCAUCACAUUCCUCAUCUUCCUCCUUAAGAUGUCUCUGCCUUAAGAGUUGCCUUUUCUGAUCACACUCAUAUGUUGAACAGUCAUCUGCUGUAAGUGUACAUACUGUGUUUCUAAUGGUUUGUUUGUAGAUGAGCUCUGUUGCCUCGAUGGUAUCUGGACGGUGAGACUGCUGUAGAUCUGUGUCUCUGAGGGAAACUAUCCCAGUACAGUGUGUUCAGGGAGGGAGUGGGAAGUCCACACAAGAAGCCUCACAGUGUGACAGCAUCAUGCAUGUACUACGGUGUAGCUUGUACCUUCAGUCUAUAUUACCUUCAAGCUGUAACUCCCUGCAGAGAGUGCAACAAAUGAUGACUACAACAAUAAACUGUAAUGCAAU